AGCUAAAGAGGGCCUACACGGAAGGUGAGUGUGAGAGUUUGCUCCUCGGCUGAGCAACUCUCCCACCUGCUGUCGUGAAGGCGCCACUGCGCACCAGCGACAUCCCCGCCUGGCGCCCUGGGCUCGGCUCUUCCUGACGUGGCGAACCGCUAGAGGUCCGCCGGUUCCCCCCCGUGGGCCGCAAUGAUUGGGCAGAUAACCAGUUUGACAAUUUUUCUACAUAAAAUGUAAAUACACAGGUGGCGGCGGCAUGGACGAGCGUGUGGUUUAUGUAAAUACAGCAGAAGUGAAACCGUGUCACUCGUCUCAGGCCUGGCCAGGUGCGGCGCACGGACACGCGCUGCCGCAAUGUUGGGCAGAUAGUUGGAUGAACGAUUUUAGGAACUUUGACUCGAGGUGCCAGCAGCAGCAGCAGCAGCGUCAUGCCCCAGCUCUCUGCCACCGCCGUGCUGCAGCUCGUGUUGCUGCUCUCCGCCGUGCCCGCGCAGUACUUCAUCUCCCGGUGGAGCGGCUCCACGGCGGCGCAGCGCUACCACGCCAGUGCACGUUUACAAAGGAUUUGGAAAGAGUGGAGAACAUCUUAUUUGAAUGGCACUGCAUGGAUGGAGUGGGCAACCCAGCAAGUGUCCAGCCUCAUGUUGCUGGUUGGCUUAGGAGAAAAAGAGCAGGUGCCUGGGGGUGUCCCUCCCGUAGAGACCAUGCUUCUUGACAAUGACCAAGGAUUCUUUGGAGCCUCCAAGGCAGUGCGCAGUCCCCGGCCACCGUUUGUGUUCCUGCGGGUAGGAGAGGUGGUGCUGGAGAGGAAGGGCCACAUGGUGGGAGUGGUGGUGAGCUGGGACUCUGAGCUCAGAGCCCCUCCAGAGUGGGUCGACCGAGUUUACUCCAACUUUGAGGAUGUCAAAGCAGAGAACACACCUCACUACAAAGUGCUGUUCAAGGGGCCUGGACCCACCUCAGUGGUAGUUGCAUACCUGCCUCAGACACAACUGCAGCGCAUCACUGGAAUGAGGCCGGACAUUCCCACCUUGGAGCAAUACUUCACACACUUUGAUGGAGAACGGUUCGUCAUGCAGCCUUGGCUCAGAGAAAUCUUCCCUGAGGAUGAUGAUGAUAACGACUAACUGCUGGGCGGACUGAGUGUGUGUGUGUGUGUGUGUGUGUGUGUACAAGUGAAUGAAAAAAAAAAUGCAAUAUGGAAGGCCA